AUGGCUCAAAUCCCACCUCCCAAGUCAAAGCUUGACAUCUUGCCCAAGAUGCAGGCAAAGGGCCCCUUUUCCGUCCCCUCGCCCGGCGUGGAGGCCAAGGACGGCGAGACCGUGCCGCGCAGACUGCCGCAGGCCGUCCCCGACUUGAUCACGAUUCCUGGCGGCAACAUUACCACCACCUACGAGCUCGUUAAGCAGAGCGCCGAGAAGUAUGGCAACGCCAGGUGCCUGGGCUCGCGCAAGCUGGUCAACACCCACCGCGAGACUAAAAAGGUCAAAAAGAUGGUCGACGGUGAGGAGCGCGAGGUCGACAAGCAGUGGACCUACUUCGAACUGAGCCCUUACGAAUACAUCACCUUCCACGAGUACGAGCGUCUCACCCUCCAGCUCGGCUCUGGCCUCCGCAAGCUAGGCAUGAUCAAGGGCGAUCGUGUGCACCUCUACGCCGCCACGAGCUCGCACUGGCUGGCAAUGUCUCAUGCUGCUGCAUCGCAGUCUAUGCCCGUCGUGACGGCGUACGACACGCUCGGCGAAGAGGGUCUGAAAUACUCCAUGGUCGCGACCUCCGCGAAGGCUAUCUUCCUCGACCCCCACCUGCUGCCGACCCUUGUCAACGUCCUCCAGGAGGCCAAGGACAUCCGCUACGUCAUCUGGAAUUCUCAGAACCAGAUUCAGCAGACGCACGUGGAACAGCUCAAGUCUGCACACCCCGAGAUCCAAAUUCUGAGCAUCGAGGAGUUACGGAAACUCGGAGAGGAGAACCCUGUCGAAGCCGUUCCUCCCACCACCGACGACUUGUGCUGUAUCAUGUAUACCUCGGGUUCGACCGGCACCCCUAAGGGUGUUCCUCUGAAGCACAAGGCCGUUGUUGCCGCUGUUGCCGGUGUUAGUGCCGUUGUGCAGCCCUUCAUUGGCCCUGGCGAUGGCCUCCUGACCUACCUCCCGCUCGCCCAUAUUCUCGAGUUUGUCUUCGAGAACGCCUGCAUCUACUGGGGGACCACCAUGGGUUACGGCAAUCCCAAAACGCUGUCCGACAACUCGGUCCGCAACUGCGCCGGUGAUAUUAGGGAAUUUAAGCCUUCCGUCAUGGUCGGUGUACCCGCAGUCUGGGAGACGGUGAAGAAGGGUAUUAUCGCCAAGGUCAACGCAGGCAGUUCUCUCGUCAAGACGCUCUUUUGGAAUGCGCUAUCUGCCAAAACGCACAUGAUGAACGCUGGUAUCCCCGGCUCUGGAGUGCUCGACUCUAUCGUAUUCAAGAAGCUCAAGGAGGCGACUGGUGGGCGUCUCAAGCUCUGCAUGAACGGAGGCGGCCCCAUCGCCAAGGAAACCCAGCAGUUUAUUUCGAUGGCUAUCGCCCCCAUGAUCAUUGGCUACGGUCUUACCGAGACUACCGCCAUGGGCUGCCUUAUGAACCCCUUGGAAUUUAACGUUAAUAACAUGGGUGCAAUGCCGGCGUCCAUCGAGGUCAAGCUGGUCGAUUUCGCCGAGGCCGGUUACUACUCCACCAACAAGCCCAACCCUCAGGGUGAGGUUUGGAUUCGUGGACCCUCGGUUCUGGAUGAGUACUACGAGAACCCCAAAGAGACGAAAGAGGCCAUUACCGAGGAUGGCUGGUUCAAGACGGGCGAUAUCGGCGAGUUUGACCACAAUGGCCACCUCAAGCUCAUUGACAGAAAGAAGAACUUGGUCAAGACGCUCAACGGCGAGUAUAUCGCCCUCGAGAAGCUCGAGUCCAUCUACCGCGCCGCUGCUGUGGUUGCCAACAUUUGUGUUUACGCCGAUGCCAAUAAGGCCAAGCCGAUUGCCAUCAUCGUCCCUGCCGAGCCGGCUUUGAUCAAGCUGGCGGAGAGCAUCGGUGUUAAGGGCAACAACCUCGAGGAGCUAGUACACGACAAGAAGCUGCAGGCCGCUGUUCUGAAGGAACUACAGAAUGCUGGCCGUUCGGGCGGUCUCUCCGGGAUUGAGAUUAUCGAGGGUGUUGUCAUGUCCGACGAGGAAUGGACCCCUCAAAACGACCUGGUUACGGCGGCGCAGAAGCUUCAGCGUAAGAAGAUCCUGGAAAAGUACAAGAACGAUGUUGCCAAGGCCUACGGCUCGUCCUAA